AUGGACCUCAGAAAUCAGCCGGUAAUCGUCGAGACUAGAGGUCCGUCGUUCGAGGCCCUCGAAGCCUUCACCGAAGGUGGCCAGCGCCAAGUCAGAAUCUCGCGACUCCCUGCUGAGCUGCUCGAUAAACCGGACCAUAGGAAUAGUGGCGACGCCGCUUUCAAAUUUACCAUCGUCCGAGACGACCGUGACAACGAUAAUGGAAAUGCCAUCUUCGCACUGAAGUCCCAGCUUGGUGGUGCUUUUCUAGGACUCAGCCGCUCCGAUCGGCGUCUACUCCUCAGGAACAUUCAACAACCCGUACCCGACAAUUUCCGCUUCAAGCUUGCACCAAAUGUUAAACCUAUUGAUGACGUGUCAGUCCCGUUCAACAUCGUGGCCUUGGACGGAUUAGCGGUGCAUGAUCCUUCCAGGGCCACCGAGGAGGUCUUAUUGUCCCUCCGUAUUCUAAAGGGCGAGUCUAAGAGCAUUGAUCGGGCUGUCGUGGAACAACUAACCGUGCUGAGCGCCAUUGGCGAAGAUACCGAAGACGCAGCUACCGCGGCCCCGCAGCCCUCUGGAGAGCCUGCCCCGGAAUCGAACCUCGACAACCGCAGUCUACUCGACAGUAUCAGGGAGAUGAGGUAUUCGGGCGAGUUAGCUGAGGCCAAGGCCGCCCUCGGAGAAUAUUUCCUGGACUCCAAUCUUCCACAAACUGUGAAAUCAGCCACGCUCCUCAAAGUCGCCAGGCUGCUUGCUAUCAUGAGUCAAUGCGUCUACAUGCGAGAUCUCGAGUUUGAGCAAGGCUUGACCCAGAAGUUUCUGCCAUGGAAAAGCCUACUCCGCCAGUGGUGGGAGGGAGGCGAUCCGGCCGUGGACGAAGAACUUCUGAAUGUGAUGGAACAGAUAGACCUGCGAGGGGACAGGGCUCAGCAGAAGAUACGAGAAGUUGCACAAGAGAUGGGUCUCAAGUACCAGGCUCUUUGCAACUUCUCCGAGACCGGUCGCUUGAUUUUCAAUGGCCCAUAUUGCGGUGCGUUCUACUGCGACGAUGGCAACCCAUUUAUCGUCGUCGCAUUCAAAGGCACAGGAAUCCUCCCGGACUUCGUGACAGAUGCCAAGUACAAAAUGACGGAUGGGAAUAAGUCCAGUCCGCUGCAAGGGUCCCUGCACGUCGGAUUCUUCAACGAAAUGGUGAGAAUACAGCUGUGGAAGCUUGAGAGACAGAUCCUGGCAAAGAGCUUCCCGCUUGGAGGCUACCGAGUGCAGUUCUGGGUGACAGGCCAUUCGCUCGGCGCUGCAUAUGCAUCAGUCCUCUGGUCCGGCUUCCUCUCCGACCUGAAAAUGCAACACACAACCAUGCGCGAUCUAAUCACCUUCGGUGGCCCCCGAGUGGGCGACAAGAAGUUCGCACUGCAUGUGGGCUCCCAAACGGGAAGACGCAAGGCAUGGCGGUUCGUCAACGGCCUAGACAUUGUCCCCAGGGUGCCCAUCACCAGGCCCUUGAGCUUCACUUCGUAUAUCCAUGUUGGCAUCCUGGUGGCCAUUUCGCGCGAGCGGAUAAAUCUGGGUGCUUCCGAGGUUGAUUACCCCCCUCCCGGCCUACCUAGUUUAAUCGUCGAUAAGCUGUGGGACGGGUGGAAGAAGGUCUUCUGGAAGGUGACACAGAAUAAGGGGGCCUGGGGGGCUAUGCUAGAUUUUUACCGAGAUCAUGCACUGGAUAAUGGAUACUGGAAGUCGUUAAAAGAGGGGGCCGUGUCUAUAGACAAAGUGGACUGGCCAUGA